UGGCGUAAUUGUGCUCUCAUUGGCUGCUUUGAAAGUCUACCGGCCCUCUGAUUGGUGAAUCCGAGAACCUUUAGCGCGGAUCUACAGUACCUAUUGAGUAACCAUGGAAGACUAUACCAAAAUAGAGAAAAUUGGGGAAGGUACCUAUGGAGUUGUGUAUAAGGGUAGACACAAAACUACAGGUCAAGUGGUAGCCAUGAAGAAAAUCAGACUAGAAAGUGAAGAGGAAGGGGUUCCUAGUACUGCAAUUCGGGAAAUUUCCCUAUUAAAAGAACUUCGUCAUCCAAAUAUAGUCAGUCUUCAAGAUGUGCUUAUGCAGGAUUCCAGGCUAUAUCUCAUUUUUGAAUUCCUUUCCAUGGAUCUCAAGAAAUACUUGGAUUCUAUUCCACCUGGUCAGUUUAUGGAUUCCUCACUUGUUAAGAGUUAUUUAUACCAAAUCCUACAAGGGAUUGUGUUUUGUCACUCUAGAAGAGUUCUUCACAGAGACUUAAAACCUCAAAAUCUACUGAUUGAUGACAAAGGAACAAUUAAACUGGCCGAUUUUGGGCUUGCCAGAGCUUUUGGAAUACCUAUUAGAGUAUAUACACAUGAAGUAGUAACACUCUGGUAUAGAUCUCCAGAAGUAUUGCUGGGGUCAGCUCGCUACUCUACUCCAGUUGACAUUUGGAGUAUAGGCACUAUAUUCGCAGAAUUAGCAACUAAGAAACCACUUUUCCAUGGGGAUUCAGAAAUUGAUCAACUCUUCAGGAUUUUCAGAGCUUUGGGUACCCCCAAUAAUGAGGUAUGGCCAGAAGUGGAAUCUUUACAAGAUUAUAAGAAUACAUUUCCCAAAUGGAAACCAGGAAGCCUGGCAUCUCAUGUCAAAAACUUGGAUGAAAAUGGCUUGGAUUUGCUCUCGAAAAUGUUGGUCUAUGAUCCUGCCAAACGAAUUUCUGGCAAAAUGGCACUGAGUCAUCCAUAUUUUAAUGAUUUGGACAAUCAGAUUAAGAUGUAGGUUUCCAACAAAAAGUUUCCACGUGUUCCAUCAAGAACAGACAGUCAUACUCUUACUGUUAACCCUGUCUGUUUUUGUCUUGUAUUUUUCUUUUCUUUGUUGUAAAACUUAAGCUUUACUUCAUCUUCUUAUUUCAAAAGUGUAACUUAAAGUUGUAAAUAUUCUAUAUGAAUUUAAAUAUAAUAAUUCUGUAUAUGUGUGUAGAUCUCACUGUGAAUAACUUUUUAUAAUAAAAUUAUAAAUCUAGUAUUGAUGCCAGGAAUCAGAAAAAAUUUGAGUUAGCUUAAAUCAUCUCAAUCCUUAUGGUAAUUAUGUUUUCCUGGAGUUUUACAAGUUGGAGUUACUAAAAUUUAGGAAAAUGUGUUAAAGUUUCAUAAUGCUUUGAAGUAAUUUCGUGCUCUGAAUGUUUAAAUUUUCUUGUCAGUUUCUUGGCAUGUGGUAACUAUACAACCUGCCUAAAGAUGAAUAUUUUUUCUACUGGUAUUUCAAAUUGUGACCUAGAUGUUUAAGCAUUCAGAAUGAGAUAACUAUCCAGAUUUGAGAAAUAAUGCUAAAUUUAUAGUGAUUUUCAAUGACUUAUAAAACUAACAUUUGGGAAUGUCAAAGUUUUGUUAAGUUUUCCAGUCAAAGAUCAAGGGCUAUUGUCAACAGCAGAGUAAAAUAGGUUUGAAAAUUUAUGAACUAUCCUAUUUUUAGUUAGGCCAUGAAAGCUGUUUGUCUAAGUGAAUUCUUAUGCCUUGGUCCUAGUUAAUAACUUUAUGAAGGAAUUGCUUAUUUUGGCUUUCAAAUCUGACUUAAAAUCUACUUAUAUAUUUUGGCAUAGUGUUGUUGAUUAGCCCGCCUCUUAAAAGGAUCUAAGUACGAAUGUUUUGAUGAAACCACUUGCUUUGGGAGUUGAUUAAUAAUGCUGCUCAUUGUCAUUUUUAUCUUUAAGCAGCCUCUUUUAAAUUAUUUGCUAUAGUCGAGAGAUGUCGAUAAAAAUAGUUUAUUGGUGUGUUUUUCUAGUGUACAUCUAUUCUUUUGUCUGACUACAUUCCCCUCUAUUGUUCUAGAUGGGCAUUCUCGUGUUUUUGUUGGUCCUUAUACCCAAUUGGUUAGACAUGUAUUGGUCUACCUGAUCCAUGUUAAACACGUUAGAUCCCUUUUCUUGGGCUUUUCUCAUUCUGUGGUAGAAAGUGUCACUCUAUCUCUGGCAGUGGAACCUGUAAGAUGUGAGGUGUUGGUGGCCUUAUUUUAGGGCAUUUGGUGGAAGCCAGUCUGCAGUAACUGAAUGCAGUGACUGGACAUUGAAGUAGUUUGGGGUCAGUUUGCAGAGGGUUGUAAGGUAAGUAAAAAGUCACCCAAGAUUUAAUGGAGACACUGGUGGCAUGGCAUGGCUAUCACUGCUUCUGAUUUUUGUGUCAUGGGCAAGACAACAUCUAUAGGUUUGUGUUUCCUCACCCAUGAGGUGUGUUGAACUACGUCUGUUGAUCAAAUUGUGAUUGGCAACUCUUUAGCUGACCAGCAUUAACCAAAAGAAAAGUAGAAUAUAAAACGGCAGUGCAUCAUGUAUAGUUAAAUAUUUCAAGAUGCUUUUGUUUCAGUGUUAUAUACAUACAUGGUGUUACAGAUGUUUGGGGUCUUGCGCAUAAGGUACAGAUGCAGCAUGUACCUCAUUUCUCUCCCUUCAAGGAGUCAGAAUUCUUGAAAAUAGGGUGAACAAUGCAUCAAAUGAAUCAACAGAGCUGGUGGAUCAGGGAAAUGAAAUAUUAGAACACCUUAAUCAACUGUUAGAAAUGAGUGACCUACUUUUUUCCUGUUUCAAAUAUGAAUAGUUCUUGUGAAGUAUGUCAAAUUAGCUUAUGCUA